ACCAUCUACCAGCACCAUGAAAGUGAUCAGCCUGUGCCUCCUGGUCGCGGCCUCGGCCAGCUUCCUCCUGGCCACCGCCAACGCCAACGCCGUGGGUGCCUUCGAGGACUUCACCCCCUACACCGAUGCCGAGAUCGAGGAGAUGCUCGAAAACGAGCUCGCCAUGGAUGACGGAUUCAUGGGCGUCGAGGAGUACGGCUUCAUCGGAGAGUGCAAGAAGAUCGUGUGGGCUGGCUACAAGGGCGUCAACGGCACCAAGUGCCUCGUCGAGGAAGUUGCCAAGGUCCUGCUCGUCUGCACUGGCUACGUUGACGACCUUGCCACCUGUACCGGCAACAUCCCGCGUGACAUCAAGGUCAUGCUGAAGAAUGCCCAGCAAAUGAUCACCAUCAGCGACAGCAUCAUCAACCUGAACUCCAAGCUGUGCGCCGCCAAGAGCAGGAGCGUCGGCUCCGCCGUGCUGGGCGCUGCCCGUUGUGCCGAGAAGUUGUCCAUCGCCACCAUGUCGCUCGUCCGCCGCAUGAACAUCAUGAUCAAGCUGGGCGGCAAGUUCCCCUCUGACACCGCCACCUGCUACACCUCCGCCACCAAGGCUGUGGUCGACGGCUGCAACGCCUUCGUGCCCAACUGCAAGACCUGCAUUGCCAGCAUGUCGUAGGCGGGCCAAAAGUUGGUAAUAAAACCAUGAGAUUA